CGCGUGUGUAGUGUAAAGUGUAUUUAAUUUGAAUGAGACUUGUUGGUUUUGUACACAGCCACUGUGGAGUCAGCAGCAGGACAGGAGCUGUGUCUUUAAGAUAACUAGUUUAAAGACAAUUACAUUUCCUAAAACAUUAGUAGACACAUCUGACUGAGUUGAAACACAGAUUGCAACGUGCUCCAUGUACAGAAAACCACACAAUGCGAGGAGGAAGGGUCAGGAGAGACACGUGCCUGAAGCGAAGCCAGAAGAGUCAGUUCCUCAUGGCACCUGCACCACUAUGUGCCCCAUCUCAGAGGUCCGGCGACGGGAAACACAGAGGCAGUUGCACCAAUUUGAGCUGGAACGUGGGACAGAGAAAGAGCGCAUUCCCCGUGCUGAUCUGUCCCGCGCUGUUAAAGAGUACUCACGUCCUGCAGCUGGUAAAGAUAGCACAAGAGCCUGUGACCUGAGACCUCCGGAUGUGCUGUUUAAGACAGUGUGUUACUUGGUGGAUGAAAUUGCAGCCUCCCCUACACUUCAGCCCUGGACUGAGGUCUACAGCUUUGUGUUCGAUCGUUUGCGCAGUGUGCGGCAGGACAUGGUCAUCCAGCGAGUGUCUGGCAGGGAGUGUGUGGUCGUGCUUGAGAGAAUAGUGCGCUUUCAUCUCUAUGCAUCAUACCGGUUAUGUGGUGAGCCCCUGCGUCUGUACGACCCACACAUCAACGACACACACCUGCAGGAGUGUCUGAGCUGGCUGCUGGAAUGUUACAAAGAGGGCCACAACCAACAUCAGGCAGAGUUUCAGGCCAUCAGCCUUCUGUACAACCUGGGUUCUACAAGGACACUGCAGUGUGCCCUGGAGCUGCCUGAGAGGGUACGUUUCUCUCCUUCUGUUCAGUUAGCUCUGGCAGUUAAUAGGGCUUAUAUAGAGCACAACCCUGUGCGUCUCCUACGCCUGGCCAAGAAACUGGACUUCAUACAAGCCUGUGCCCUUCACAGACAUCUACUCCCCUGCAGGAGCGAUUUGCUUCUGCUCUACAGCCAUGGACACAAUAGCCGCAACUGCCACUUUCCCAUCCAGAAGUUGGCAGACCUUCUCUUCCUGGAACGUUCAUUAGCUGGUCAGCUUUGCCAGGAACAUGGAAUCCAAGUGAACGGGGACUGUGUGGUCUUCUCUAAAGCCUCAUUUUGUGAGAGCUCAUGUAAAGAGCUGAAGUGUGCACAAAUGCACAAACUACUAGUGGAUGACAAGCAACAGGACCAUACAGUUGGUAGCAUUAUUCAUGGCACUGUGUGUACAAAAAUAAUGCGCCAAAAUAUACAGUACUGAAACCUACAGAUCACAACAAGGUAAUAUUGCUCAUCUUUUCAUUUUAGUACUGUAUAUUUUUGCUGCAUACUGUUUCUUUGAAUGUACUGCCUUACUUUUAAAGUGUGAUUAUUGUAUUUUUCUUUUUUACAAAGUGGAAUAUUUUAUAGAAUAUAGUGUUCCUGUUAUGCAAUUAAACAUAGAAUGAGA